CCCCCUCCCCCUCCCCCUCCCGUCCUCUCCGUGCGGACAGAUCGCCCUUCACGCUCUCUUCCCGGGCCGCCAGCCAGCCAGCAUGCCUUUCGUCGACCUCCAGACCAACCUGCCGGCCGCCUCCUUCUCCGAGGACUUCGUGAAGAAGCUGAGCUCGUGCGCUGCGGAGGCUCUGGGGAAACCGCCGGACAGGAUGAACGUGGUGGUGAAGCCCGGCCUGCCCAUGCUGGUCGGCGGCUGCUGCUCGCCGUGUGUCCUGCUGUCGGUGUCGGCCAUCGGCGUGACCGACACCGCCGAGAAGAACAAGGAGCACAGCUCCAAGCUGUUCUCCUUCCUGACCAAGGAGCUGGGCCUGGCCCAGGACAGAAUCGUCAUCCUGUUCGACUCACUGCAGCCUCACCAGGUGGGAAAGAUGUCGACCGUCAUGAGCUUCCUGUGAGCUUCCGCACGUCUGGCUGAAGACGACGCUCGCCAUGUUCAGGAACACACUCUGUAUUUUGUGUAUGGUGUCGCGGUCCACUGCCUCGGUCCAUGCGGUCCACUGCCUUACAGAUAACUGUAAAGCCGAAGCUUUUAGAAGACAUUCCUGGAUCACACCGACGUAUGACCACAGGGUUUCUUGUUCUCUGUGCAACAGUUCGUUCCCUGGAUUUCAUCAGAAUAUGGAAGCUAAUUUUACUUAUUUUAAGGUGACUUUGCUGAUCCUUCUGAGAACUGGAUGGAAUAAAGACGGUUCAUCAGCGUC